AUGCCAGGUAUUGACCCUGAGAUAGUCACUCAUAAAAUAAGUGUCCAUGAAGGAGUCAAGCCUAUUAAACAGAAGAAAAGAAACUUUGGUUUUGAAAAAGAUAAAAUCAUUGAAGAAGAAGUUCAAAAGCCGCUAGAUGCUGGUUUCAUUGAGGAAUGUCUCAACCCAGAAUGGCUUGCUAAUGUUGUUUUGCUAGUUGAUUCAACUGCUGGAUAUACUCUUUUAUCAUAUAUGGAUGCCUUUUCUGGCUAUCAUCAGAUAUUUAUGGACCCUGCUGACAAAAAGAAACGGCAUUUAUAUGCUCAACAUGGGGAAACCUACCAGAGGGUAAUGGAUAAAAUCUUCAAAAUUCAGAGGGGUAGAAAUUUAGAAGUAUAUGUAGAUGAUUCAAUUGUAAAAAGCUACUUAGUUAGUCAAAGAGGUAUUGAUGCCAAUCCGAAAAAGGUUCAAGCAGUCAUUGAUCUGACAGAACCUAAGAAUAGGCAUGAAUUUAUGCAAUUAACAGGGAGGAUGGCAGCUCUUUCCAGCAGAGAAAAUCAUGCCAUUUUCCACAGUUUUAAAAGCGUUUGCUGUAAUAGUUACUGCCAGAAAAUUAAGGCCUUAUUAGUGGUAGUCUUAACAGACCUACUAUUAGAGAAAAGUAUGGUGAAAAUAGAAAGAUCUGGAAGACUGGCAAAAUGGGCUGUUGAAUUUAAUGGUCUCGGAGUACAAUUUCAACCCAGAAGAGCUAUAAAGGGUCAAGCAUUGGCAGAUAUUUUUGCUGAAUGGGGAACACAAGAUGAAAGUGAGGAACCUAUCUGGAAACUAUUAACCGAUAGGUCAUCAAGACUCGUUGGUGCAGGGGCCGGAUUGGUAUUAAUCACCCCAGAAGGGAAAGGUAUUGAAUACGCUUUGAAAUUUCAAUUUAAAGCUACCAACAACGAAGCUGAAUAUGAGGCUGUCAUUGCUGGGUUACAAUUGUGCAAAGCCCUGGAAGCGAGAAGGAUCAAUCUUAAAACUGAUUCACAGCUAGUUGUGAAUCAGAUUAAAGGGAGUAUAAGGCCAAAGAUGCUACCCAGAUCACAGAAUGAGCAAGUAGAUGCACUUUCUAAAUUAGGAAGUUCCAGUAUGCAGAAUUUAAAAAGGUCAGUCUUAGUAGAAGUUAAACCCGUAAGUUCAAUUCAUGAAGACGCCACAUCUGUCUUCGAUAUUGGAAGCAGAGAUCUCCCAGAUUGGAUGAAAGAUCUCAUCCAAUACAAAGAAAAUGGAGAACUUCCAGCAGAUCCAGUUCUUGCCAGAAAGAUGAAAAUGAAGUCACUAAAAUUUUGUAUGGUAGAUGGCGAAUUAUAUAAAAAGGCAAAAAAUGGUCCUCUGUUGAAAUGUGUAACUCCAUCAGAAGCUAACUACAUCCUAAAAGAAGUCCAUGAAGGAUAUUGUGGUCAUCAUUUGGGAGCUAGGGCUCUGGCUCAUAAAGCUUUCAGAAUUGGUUAUUAUUGGCCCACAGCAACAGAAGAUUCCAGAAACUUGUGUAAUGGACAAGCCGAAGCAACCAAUAAACAAAUUCUAUAUGGGCUCCAGAAGAAGCUGGAAGAUACAAAAGCAAAAUGGAUUGAUGAAAUCUAUAAUGUACUAUGGUCCUCACGAACAACUGUGAAGGAGGCAACUGGUCAAACACCUUUCAAGCUUGUUUAUGGUUCAGAAACACUCUUACCAGUUGAGAUUGGAGUAUAG